AUGGCAAUUCAGCAUGGAGAGAAAAAGACCCAAAGAGAAGAGAGGGAAGACUGCAUUCACGAUAUAGCUACGUUAAUUCCAAGUGAACUAGCUGGGUUGCCAGAAGCAGUAUUGGGCAGGCCUGGUGUUGAUUGCUACUGUCAGCAUGAAAGUGGUGCUGCAGUUCUGCAGCUCCAGUUCUUAAUCAAUGAGGGUGCUUUGGUCAGUGCAAGUGCAGAUGAUGCACUUCAUUUGUGGAAUCUCCGACAGAAGCGACCAGCUCUCCUACAUUCUCUGAAAUUUAACAGGGAAAGGAUUACUUACUGCCAUCUACCUUUCCAGAGUAAAUGGCUUUAUGUUGGAACAGAGAGGGGAAAUACACACAUUGUAAAUAUUGAGUCCUUUAUUCUUUCUGGAUAUGUUAUCAUGUGGAACAAGGCAAUAGAACUAUCCACAAAGACUCACCCUGGGCCAGUUGUACAUUUAAGUGACAGCCCAAGAGAUGAGGGAAAGCUAUUGAUAGGCUAUGAAAAUGGGACUGUCGUAUUCUGGGACUUACGAUCUAAAAGAGCUGAUUUAAGAGCUUAUUAUGAUGAGGCUAUUCAUUCUGUUGCUUGGCAUCAUGAAGGAAAACAGUUUAUGUGCAGUCACUCUGAUGGCAGCUUGACCCUGUGGAAUCUGAAAAGUCCUAACAGACCAUUCCAGACCACAAUUCCACAUGGAAAAAUUCAAAGAGAUGGAAAAAAACCUGAAUCUUGUAAACCAAUUCUUAAAGUAGAGUACAAGACCUGUAAAAACAGUGAACCAUUUGUGAUAUUUUCUGGUGGACUGUCAUAUGAUAAGGCUUGUCGAAGACCGAGUUUAACAAUCAUGCAUGGGAAAGCAAUUACAGUUCUUGAAAUGGAUCACCCUAUAGUUGAUUUUUUAACUCUUUGUGAAACCCCAUAUCCAAAUGAAUUUCAAGAACCCUAUGCUGUAGUUGUGCUUUUGGAAAAAGAUCUCAUUGUUGUUGACCUGACACAAAGCAAUUUUCCAAUCUUUGAAAAUCCAUAUCCUAUUGACAUUCAUGAGUCACCUGUUACCUGCACAGAAUAUUUUGCGGACUGUCCUCCAGAUUUGAUUCCUGUGCUCUAUUCUGUAGGAGCAAAACAUAAAAAGCAAGGAUACAGCAAUAAGGAGUGGCCUAUCAGUGGUGGAGCAUGGAACCUUGGAGCUCAGACAUAUCCUGAAAUCAUUAUUACAGGCCAUGCAGAUGGAUCAGUAAAGUUUUGGGAUGCUUCUGCCAUUACUCUACAGAUGUUGUACAAAUUAAAAACGUCAAAGGUCUUUGAAAAACAGAAAGUGGGAGAAGGAAAAGCAACAGCUGAGAUUGUGGAAGAAGACCCAUUUGCUGUUCAGAUGAUGUACUGGUGUCCUGAAAGCCGAAUUUUCUGUGUGGCAGGAGUUUCUGCUUAUGUGGUUGUUUACAGGUUCAGCAAACAUGAAGUAAAUACCGAAAUUGCAUCAUUAGAGGUACGACUUCAGUCUGAAGUAGAAGAUAUUAUUACUCCUGAACCGGAAAUAAUUCCUCCAUUUCCAGAUGCCUCAUCCCAGCUUCCUUCUUUAAAGAGCCUUUCAGGCAGUACCAACACUGUAGCAUGUGAAGGAACGAUGAAGGAUAGUAUCCCAUGUCUUAGUGUUAAGACUCGUCCUGUGCGAAUGCCUCCUGGAUACCAAGCAGAUCUUGUUAUUCAGUUGGUGUGGGUGGAUGGUGAGCCUCCACAGCAGAUUACUAGUCUUGCUGUAAACUCUGCUUAUGGACUAGUGGCAUUUGGAAACUGCAAUGGUUUGGCUGUUGUGGACUUUAUGCAGAAGACAGUACUACUGAGCAUGGGAACCUUUGACCUAUAUGGAUCAGGCGAUCCCUACCAGCGUCAACCCCGUUCACCUCGCAAAACUAAGCAGUUUGCUGCAGACAACUUUUGCAUGCGUGGCCUGUCUAACUUUUAUCCAGAUUUAACGAAACGGAUCCGUACUUCCUAUCAGAGCCUGACUGAACUCAGUGACAGUCCAGUUUCCCUGGAGCUAGAGCGUUGCAAGUCUCCCACUUCAG